AUGUCUUAUAAUGUUACACAAAUAUUUCAAACAUCAUCAGAUCAUGCUAAAGAUGGUGCAUUUGCAUUAGGCAUUAUAUAUCUGGUAUUUUGUUUAACU